AUGUCGCGCGUCGAAGAGCUUCCAGAUGACUUUGAUGAGUCCCUCCACCUCAAUGAGGCACCGGCGGUCCCUCGGGACCUGCCGCAGCCCGGGUUUGACGCAUUCGCUGCUUCCAACGAGACACCAUUCCCCAUCAACGAGGAGCGCCUGAAAGAAGUCCAAACCGAUCCCACUGCUCCCAAUAUGCCACCCGCCAUGGCCUCCGUCAAGUCGCAUUCAAACGAUGAGCUGCUGGCUAUGAUGAACCAGACCCCGCUGUUCAUGACUGAUAUCGAGAAUGCCGGCGACGAGAAGGGUGAAAACCCCAUGCUGGAUGCGCUUACCGCCUUACAGAACGAAGGCACUCGGGGUGAUGUCGCGCAGAGUUUCAAGGAUCAAGGCAAUGAGGCUGUUCAAGAGAAGCGGUGGAUCGACGCUAAGGAGUUCUACACCAAGGCCAUUGCGGUUAUAUAUGCCAAGGAUGAUAAAUGGGAGGAGCCCGAGGAUCGUGAAGUGGAGAACAAGUUGCUCCGUCAACUGGAGGAGCUCUCGCAUAUCAACCGAGCUUUGUGCAACCUGGAACUAGGAAACUACCGUUCUUGCACCCUUGACUGCGCCACUACCCUCAAGCUGAACCCCAAAAACGUCAAAGCUUACUACCGCUCCUCUAUGGCCUUGUUGAAACUAGAGAAAAUCGCCGAAGCCGAGGAUGCCGCAACCCGCGGCCUCGCCGUCGACUCUGAGAACAAGGCCUUGCAGACUGCUGCGUCUAAGAUUGCCGAGCGCAAGGCUGCAGUGGAGCGCGCCGCUGCCCGAAAGAAGGCUGCGGCCGAGCUGGAACGCAAGCAGAACCUGGUUCUUAGCACUGCUCUUCGUGCCCGUGAGAUUAGAACCCGCAAAACCAACCAACCACCUGAGAUGGAAGAUGCCAGAAUCCGCCUGGUUCCUGAUCCACUCUCGCCCGAGAGCUCUAUCGAGUUCCCUGCCGUAUUUCUUUACCCCAUGGAUGCCCAGUCAGACUUCAUUAAGAGUUUCUCAGAGCUAUCUUGCAUUACGGACCACUUGGAUUAUAUCUUCCCUCUCCCGUGGGAUACUAAGAAGGAAUAUACCGUCGCCGGCGUUGAGUGCUUCAUGCAGACUGUCACUGGUGGCCUGAUCAAGGCUGGUAAGAAGCUUCCCUUGUUCCAGAUUCUGACUGGUGGAAAGGUUGAGGUUGUGGAUGAGAUGGUUCGCAUCUUUAUCGUGCCGACUGCCAAAACUGGGGCUUUCAUUGCGGAAAUGAAAGCUCGGAAAACGGGUUGA